UUAUUUCACAACGCUGACGACAUAGGAAGAUCCCAUUCCCGCUUCAAAAUUAGCAUUGGUCUUCAAUGGACUGAGAUGAAGAGUCUCCGUGGUCUACGGUUGGCUUUUGAGUCUGUAAGAUCACGACAUGUCUCCUUCAACGGGAUUAAUAAGAUACCGAAAGCUCGGGCGAGUUUUAUGACGUGGGGAAGACUUUGGGGAGCGAGUGAAGAUCAGGCCAAAUCUUCCAGAGACUCCGCCUCCGAGUCACGCCUCCAUGAGACGAAACCUUCGGAGCAUGGGCUUUCACAGCCUAUGCGCUCCGUCAUGCGACAACUACCUCAUCCUGUAGUCGUUAUCACGACUCUCGAGAACACACGCAAUCUUACGAAGGUUGACGAGUUGUUAGAUGACAAACUACCACCACCGAUCCCCCGAGCUAUGACCGUCUCCUCUUUCACCUCCCUAUCCAUCAAUCCCGUACCAAGAGUGACUUUUAACAUCACUCUGCCGAGCACCACCUACAAGGCGUUAGCGAAGUGUGGAAAGUUCAACGCCCAUAUUCUUAGUGGUGAUAAUCACGGUGCGAGGAUAGCGGAUCUAUUCACGAGAGGUAACAGGCCUCCGCCUACCACACAGAUGUCUAAAGAGAUGGAGAAGACACCUGAGAAUGCAAAUGGGGGAGAUCUUGGGGUGCUCGAGGGUCUACAAAGUCUUGGCGUCCGGGUAAUAGGACGAGAGAAAUGGCAGAAAGAGUGGAAGCUAGCAGGGGACUACGGGAGGAAAGUGCUCAAUACAGUUAAGUCAGGGGGGUACAUAAAAGAUGUUGCAAUACCACCAGCGGGCACGUUGCCAGUCUUGAAGGGUCGAGGCAUCUCGCACGUGUUAAAAUGCAGAUACCGUCACCUAUCACCCCCUGUGGACGACGACUUCGAUCAUCACGCCAUCGUUAUUGGCGAAGUUGUGGAUGUGAUACCGGGCGGAUCUAGAGACGAAAGUGGUAUUGCACUUGCGUAUGCGGAUCGAGCAUAUCGACAGAUGGGAGAGACACUAUUAGAAAGAUUAGAAAGACCGACGGCUGAGCAAGUGGCUCAGACGUCUACAGAAGAAGACACCACUCCAAAACCCGACACUGUACCUACAACCAAUAUAGACGACCAAAAUCAGAGUUAAUACAAAGUUCACGAAAUCUUGAGUA